ACCUAAAAAAAAAAAACAAAACCUUUCAGCGGCAAGUUGGAUGCUCUGGCAGCAUUACAAAUCUAUCACCACCCAAGGAAGCAGCAGAUUUGCUUCUUCGCUCCCUUCUGUCAGGACAGAGGAAUGCUGGACAUCCAGAGACAAGAGAGACUGCACUACACUGCUUCCCAGUCCCACAGCUUGGGCCUCCUUCUGGAACACACAGAUGUCAGAAAUUGAGCUGGAAAAGAUAAAAGUAAGAACAUCUGAGCAUUUUGAAAAUGAUAAAAAUAACAUUUCUUGGUUGAAGGAAGAUACACAACUCGCAAAUGAAAAGCAUGCAGACGAGAAACCCAUUAAUGCCAUCGUUAUAAAUUCAGUAUCUGAAUUCAAUAUCACAGAUGGACCAGCCAAGGAAACCCCCAAUGAAAAAAACCUGUCAGAAUCCAGCACAUCACUGUCCUCCCUUGAAGAAUGCCAAACGAAAUUUUCCUACCUCCAAACUGAUACUUCAGUUCAUCAGAGAGACACUGAUGAAGAGUGUGCCUCCCUGAUCCUCACCUGUCUGUUUUGCCAGUUUUGGGAAUGUCUCCUGAUGCUCCCCAGUACAUGCGAAAGAGUGUGUACCAACUUGUGCUGCCCCUCUCACAGAUACCACCACACCUCGGAUGAAAACCAUUCACGGAAUGAUUGUAACUGCAACUGUGACAUGGACUGCAGUCUUUUUGAAUCUUGUCAUGAGACCAGCGACUGUCUGGAAUUGGCCAUGGAGAUUUCAGAAAUCUGCUACCGCUAGUGCAGCAAGGUAUCCAACAUUCCGGCUGUCCUCCAGUCACUGUGUGGAAAUCCAUUACAACAAGACCAUGAUUGCCACAUAUCUAAAUGCAAGGACCAU